AUUUAGACAGGUGUGUUGCCAUAUUGCUGGUAAAUAUAUUAUACUACUUUAUAGUUUCAUCUUGUGUUUUGAAACUUUGAAACUUUGAAAUUUUGAAAUUUACAACUCCUAAUAUUUGUUACAGAUUUGGGCACUCAACCACUUAUCUUUGGGGAAAGCACCAGCUCUUUCUAGGUUUAGUUUUCCACGUUUAUUGAAUUGGCCGGUUAUAAGUAUGCAGAAGAAAAAUAUUGAAAAAGCAUUUGAAAAACAUAUGAUAAUUGAUAGAGUGGUUGCAACAGAGGAAGAGCUAAAAUAUGACAUAGUCAAUGCUACUCUGUUUGAACAAGGACAACAGUUUGUGGAUGUUAUUGAUUAUCAUAGAUUGGUGUUUGAGAAUAAAGAUUUCAAAGAGAGGAUAACUUUUCUUGAGUAUGAAGUGAGGAUGAUGAAAAAGGCGAGAGUUAACACUCCGUUUGAGGAGGAGGUUGUUCAAGAUGAUCGACAACUUCUGAACUUUAUCAUUGAAGAUGAAGUAGGAACUUUGCCUGAAGAUGUUGGACAUAACACUCCAUUUAAUGAUGAUGCCAAUGUUGCGGAAAAUCAAUCAAAGUCUAAAUCCAACAUGGCUACAAGAAUGAGGAAGAAACCAAGGAAGCGUGGAAAAAGAACCAGACUGAAUUUGUAA